AUGCACCAUGUUUCUACUUCAUUCUCCGACCCGGACGACCCUGCCCAAAUCCUCCUCCGGGUCAACAUCCACGACCCUCUCCGGCAACUCGACGGCUGGCGCAACUCCACCCCACCGUGCAACUGGACCGGCAUCUCCUGCCUCACCACAAACAUCAUUUCCAUAAACCUUUCCGGUUUCAACCUUUCCGGGCCCUUUCCGGCCGAUUUUUGCCGUAUUCCCACACUUACACAUCUCGACAUUUCCAACAACUACUUGGGCCCCCGACUGGACUCCAUCUCCAUCUCCAACUGCUCGAAUCUCAUCUCCCUCAACAUCUCGAACAACGAGUUUGCCGGCACUCUGCCUCAUUUCCCACCUAAUAAUCAUUUGGCCGUUUUGGACCUCUCCACCAACUACUUGGGCCCCCGACUCGACUUGCGCUCAAUCUCCAAAUGCUCGAAUCUCGUUUUCCUAAAUCUGUCCAUGAAUGAGUUCGUCGGCGCCUUGCCCGACUUCCCACCAAAUUUUCCAAACCUCACCAUUUUGGACCUCUCCUCCAACAACUUCUCGGGAGAGAUCCCACCCACCAUAUCCAACAUGCCGAGACUUAAGCAUCUCAACGUAAUCUACAACCUCCUCAACGGGACGGCUUUCCCCGAGUUCCUCUCCAACAUGACCCAGUUGACUCACCUGCUCCUGUCCUGGAAUCCGUAUCUCCCCAGCCGCUUGCCACCGAGCAUCGGCCAGCUCACCAACCUCGAGGAUUUACAGUUUGCUUCUUCCAACCUCGUCGGGGAAAUCCCCGACUCCAUCGGGAACCUCAAAUCCAUCAAAAAUUUCGACGUGUCACAAAACGGGCUCCAGGGCAAUAUACCCGCCAGCAUUGGCGGCAUGGCCAACGCGGUCCAGAUCGAGCUGUACCAAAACCAGCUGUCUGGCGAAAUUCCCGACACGUUCUCCAACUUGAUCUUCCUCCUCGGUUUCGACUCCUCACAAAACAGCCUAACAGGGAGAAUUCCACCAAGCCUGGCUGCCCUGCACAUCGAGUCCUUCCACUUGAGGAAUAAUUUGCUGUCCGGGGAGAUCCCGGAGGUUCUGGCCUUGAAUCCAAAGCUUUCGGACCUCAUGUUGUUCAGCAACAGAUUCUCCGGAAAGCUGCCGGCGGAAUUGGGCCUGCGUUCGGGCCUGGAGCAGUUCGACGCGUCCAACAACAACCUCGAAGGCCCACUUCCACCGGACAUAUGUAAAGGAGAGAAGCUCAAUCUUCUGAACCUCAUUGGGAACAAUAUCUCGGGCCGGAUACCCGAAUCGUAUGGAGAGUGCACCACCUUGGUUCGGUUGCGAAUGCAGGACAACCAAUUGUCAGGGACCGUGCCAGACAGGCUGUGGGGACUGGGCUUGCUCAAGUAUAUGGAACUCUCCAACAACAAGCUCCAAGGACAAAUUCCGAAGUCUGUCUCGUCAGCGAAGAGCCUGCAGCAGAUGUUGAUCUCCGGCAACAGUUUCUCUGGCGAGCUGCCGGAGGAAAUCUGUGAGUUGCAGAGCCUGGGAAGAUUGGUGACGAGCGGGAACGAGUUUUCCGGGGUGCUGCCUUCAUGUAUAAACAAGUUAUCAAAAUUAACAGAGCUUCGAGUGCAAGGGAACAACUUUAGUGGAGAAAUCCCGAAAACUAUUGGUGAUCUCGUGCAGUUAACGUUGAUAGAUUUGUCGGAAAAUCAAUAUUCCGGCCUCAUACCUCCCGAGAUGGGGAAAUUGCCUCAGCUGAAAUACUUGAACCUUUCGAACAAUAAGCUGUCUGGGGAAAUUCCAGACGAGCUCACCAAACUCAAGUUAAAUGAGUUCGAUGUCUCCAAUAAUCGGCUCCAGGGUAGUGUCCCACCCGGUUUGGAUACCCAGUUGUUUGUGUCAGGCCUAAUGGGAAAUCCUGGUUUGUGUAGUAAUAGUCUCAAAGAGCUCCAUCCUUGCUUAACGGCUAAACAUGCUUCUAAAAAAAUCAACUUUCUGUUGGUGGGGAUUCUAUCGGCUGUUGGGUCGAUUGCAAUCUUGUUACUCAUAUGGCUCGGGCUCAAGACUAAGAAAAUAUUCAACUUGGGACGCAAGGGCAACCAGACGUGGAAAAUCACGGCUUUUCAGAAGGUGGAGGUGGAUGAAGAGGAUGUGCUGGCCUCAUUGACAGCUGAGAAUGUAAUCGGAUCCGGAGGGUCCGGUUGUGUUUACAAAGUCGUGCUCAAGAGCGGGCAGACGGUGGCGGCAAAGAAGCUUUGGGAGGCAAACUUGGAAGAACCAGAGGAGGUGUUCCGGUCAGAAAUGGAGACCAUGGGAAACAUUAGGCAUCUAAACAUAGUGAAGCUGUUGUUUAGUUGCAUUAGUGAAGACUACAGAAUAUUGGUGUACGAGUACAUGGAGAACGGGAGUUUGGGGGAUUUUUUGCAUGGGGAGGGCGGUGGAGUUUUACUCGAUUGGCCUAAACGGUAUGCCAUUGCAGCGGGGACGGCCCAAGGGCUCGCGUAUUUACACCAUGACUGUGUACCUGCAAUUAUGCACAGGGAUCUAAAGUCCAACAACAUAUUGUUGGAUGAGGAGUUUAGGCCCAAAUUGGCCGACUUUGGCUUGGCGAAAUUUUUGAAGCGGGAAAUGAAUGAGAGUGCUCAGACCAUGUCUCGUGUUGCUGGUACUUACGGAUAUAUUGCCCCAGAAUAUGGCUAUACGAUGAAAGUCACAGAAAAGACCGACGUCUACAGUUUUGGGAUUGUGUUGCUUGAACUUCUGACCGGAAAGAGGCCAAACGAUUCCUCGUUUGGUGAGAACAUGAGCAUUGUUAAGUGGGUAAAGGAUAUUACAUUGCCAUCCAGAAAACGAGGUGGAAACCGGGAAGCAAGUGACCGUCGAAAUAUUGGCAGUUUGAACCAGAUAUUGGACUAUCGGAUGGAUCCUGACACGAUAGAAUAUCAUGAGGUAAAGAAAGUCUUGAAUGUGGCUCUCUUAUGUACUAUGGAGCUGCCCAUUAGAAGGCCAUCCAUGAAAAGAGCUGUCGAGCUGCUUAAGAAACGGUAG